GAAUAGGCCGACAUAUACACACGAUCGUCAGUUGGUGUCGGAAAUCCAUACGGAUCAGAACUAUGCAUAUUAGUCGCUGGAAUAUAAAGCGGGUCUCGCUGCUCCUCAGCACCGCCCUGCUGCUCUACGUGUUCGUUUUCUCCAGCGGCUAUCACAAGUACCAGAUCGAGGGCAUUAUCGGCCGGACGCAACCGGAAAAGGUCUGGGAGUAUGUGGCGGAUUUUAACAAGAUGCGCCUGCUCAACCCCACCAUCAUCAACUUCAAGAUCCUAGCUGACCAUGGCCACGCCCACGACUGGCGUUAUACGGUGGAAUACACAGAGCGACUCUCCCACUGGCCCCACUGGAUAAACACAGCCACUGCCAAGUAUGUGGUCACCAAGACCAUGCCCGGAGUGACACCAGUGGCCUAUGCCAUACAGUCCACCCAUGAGACCUGCUUCUUCAGCGGAUUCUACUGCUUGCACUCCUAUAGCGACUUCAUUUUCAAGAACGCCGACGGAGAUACUUACGCCCAGGAGAACAUCCAGUACCAGUGUCCGCCUUUAUUAAGCAGCAUGUGUCGUCGGGAGCUGGAGUUCCAGAGGCAGGCGGUGAUGCACAACCUAACCCAUAUAUUCAGCAAGCAGAGGGAAAAGUAAAUGUUCAAAAACUUAAAACUUAGGACAAGAACCAAGUGAAUAUUUAAUUUUACCGAUUUUAAUACAAGUUUAUUUCAGUUUAUUUCUUUCCGAGAAUCUUUGAGAUAAUUAAAUAAUAGUUUUCAGAA